CUCCCUGGUAACCCCUCUCUGUAGGCAGCGACAUGGCCGCCCCUCUAUCCGACUCCGACAAGAAGAAGCAGAUCAGCGUGAGGGGCAUCGCCGGCCUGGGGGAUGUGUCCGAGGUCCGGAAAAGCUUUAACCGGCAUCUGCACUUCACCCUAGUGAAGGACAGGAACGUGUCCACCCCCCGGGACUAUUACUUCGCCCUGGCGCACACUGUGCGGGAUCACCUGGUGGGGCGAUGGAUCCGGACGCAGCAGUAUUACUACGAGAAGGACCCCAAGCGAAUUUAUUAUCUUUCCCUGGAAUUCUACAUGGGUCGCACCCUGCAGAACACAAUGCUAAAUCUAGGACUGCAGCAUGCCUGUGAUGAAGCCAUUUAUCAGCUGGGCCUGGAUAUGGAGGAGCUUGAGGAGAUAGAAGAGGAUGCAGGUCUCGGGAACGGUGGAUUGGGGCGCCUGGCAGCUUGCUUCUUGGACUCUAUGGCAACACUUGGACUUGCGGCUUAUGGGUAUGGAAUCCGAUAUGAAUUUGGCAUAUUCAACCAAAGGAUUUUAAAUGGCUGGCAGGUUGAGGAAGCAGAUGAUUGGUUGCGGUAUGGAAACCCUUGGGAAAAAGCUCGCCCAGAAUUCAUGCUCCCUGUCCAUUUCUUUGGCAGAGUGGAGCACACAGCUGAAGGUGCCAAGUGGGUUGACACUCAGAUUGUUUUGGCAAUGCCUUAUGACACACCUGUCCCUGGAUACAAAAAUAACACAGUGAACACCAUGAGGCUGUGGUCAGCCAAGGCCCCCAAUGAGUUCAACCUACAAGAAUUUAAUGUUGGUGACUACAUAGAGGCCGUGCUGGACAGAAAUCUGGCUGAAAACAUCUCCCGAGUAUUGUACCCUAAUGACAAUUUCUUUGAAGGCAAAGAGCUGCGGCUGAAGCAGGAGUACUUUGUUGUGGCUGCCACGCUACAGGAUAUCAUCAGACGGUUCAAAUCUUCUAAGUUUGGAUGUCGGGACCCAGUUAGAACCUGUUUCGAUACAUUUCCAGACAAGGUUGCAAUACAGCUGAACGACACUCAUCCUGCACUCGCCAUCCCAGAACUUAUGAGGAUUUUAGUAGAUGUGGAAAAAAUGGAAUGGGACAGGGCCUGGGAGGUCACCAAGAAGACCUGUGCUUACACAAAUCACACAGUACUGCCCGAGGCUUUGGAACGAUGGCCUGUGCACUUGUUUGAGAAGCUGCUGCCACGUCACCUGGAGAUUAUCUAUGCAAUCAACCAAAAACAUCUUGACGAAGUGGCAACCAUGUACCCAGGGGAUGUGGAUCGCCUGAGAAGAAUGUCUGUCAUUGAAGAAGGAGAUUGCAAAAGGAUCAACAUGGCCAAUUUGUGUGUAAUUGGUUCUCAUGCUGUCAAUGGAGUGGCCAGGAUUCACUCGGAAAUAGUUAAGAAUUCUGUUUUCAAAGAUUUCUACGACCUUGAACCAAACAAGUUUCAGAACAAGACCAAUGGCAUCACUCCAAGGCGCUGGCUUAUGCUGUGCAACCCAGGCUUGUCGGAUAUCAUUGCUGAGAAAAUUGGAGAGGAUUUUGUGACAGACUUGAGCCAGUUGCGGAAGUUACUGGAUUUUGUCAAUGAUGAAAGCUUUGUGCAUGAUGUGGCCAAGGUCAAGCAGGAAAACAAACUGAAGUUUGCAGCCUACUUGGAGCAGGAAUACAAGGUCAAGAUAAACCCUUCUUCUGUGUUUGAUGUGCAAGUCAAGAGAAUCCAUGAAUACAAGAGGCAGCUGCUCAAUUGCUUACACAUCAUUACUCUGUACAACAGAAUAAAGAAAGAUCCAUCCAAGAUCUUUGUUCCAAGGACUGUUAUGAUUGGAGGAAAGGCAGCUCCUGGUUACCAUAUGGCUAAAAUGAUCAUCAAGUUAAUCAACUCCAUUGCAAGCAUUGUGAAUAACGAUCCAGUUAUCGGUGACAGACUGAAGGUCAUUUUCCUGGAAAAUUAUCGAGUGUCCCUUGCAGAGAAAGUUAUCCCCGCAGCCGACUUGUCUCAGCAGAUCUCUACUGCCGGCACUGAGGCUUCCGGCACAGGGAACAUGAAGUUUAUGUUGAAUGGAGCCUUGACUAUAGGAACCAUGGACGGGGCCAAUGUGGAGAUGGCAGAAGAGGCGGGAGAAGAAAACUUGUUCAUCUUUGGCAUGAGAGUGGAUGAUGUGGAAGCUCUUGACAAGAAGGGGUACAGUGCUAAGGCGUACUAUGAUAGAAUCCCAGAGCUGCGACAGGUGAUUGACCAGAUCAGGGAUGGACAUUUCUCCCCCAGAGAACCUGAUCUUUUCAAGGAUGUUGUCAAUAUGCUGAUGAACCAUGACAGGUUUAAGGUGUUUGCUGACUAUGAAGAUUAUAUCAAAUGCCAAGAGAAAGUGGACCAGUUAUACAUGAACCCCAGGGAAUGGACAAAGAAGGUGAUCAGAAACAUCGCCUGCUCCGGCAAGUUCUCCAGUGACAGGACCAUUAGCGAAUAUGCAACAGAAAUCUGGGGAGUGGAGCCAUCAGCAGUGAAGAUCCCACCACCCAACAUACCGAGGGAGUAGAGGCCGCAGGGUGCAUGUGCUCGCUGUUCUCUGCUGAUAGUUGUGUUGGUACCGGAUUAGUACUUGUCCACCAGUUGUGACUUAGCACCAUUUUCCCUGUCAAAGCUUAGUCUCUGGGAAAUACUUGUGUGGUCCUUAUUGGGGCUCUCACAGGUAACCGGCUGCCACUGACAGUCUUGCAUAGCUCUCUGCUCAACCAAACCAGAUUAGCAGCACAUCUGUAAAUCCUCCUCCCACAGGCUUGCUUAUAUAUAUAUAUAUAUAUACUCUCUAUUACACAGCAGAACCUCUGUGUAUCUGUGUAGCUAGGAAUCUUUACUUGUACUUCUGCAUUUGCUGGCCUGCAACUCACAACUUUUAGCAGCUGGGCAUUGUAGCAUAGCAGUGUGAGCUUUUAGAAAUGAGUUCCCUUGAAAUAGCCACUGCCGGUGAUUGUAAGGAUAGGGCAGUGCUGCCCAGAAUCCUGAGUACUGUAUUGGAGGGGAUGGCUAGCAGGGAACACGGUGCUGUAGAUACAGUCUAGCCACAAGGUGCUAAAGGUGCUAAGGAACCAACACUCACUGAUCCGAAGUAAGAUUCACCCAGAAUGUAGUCUCUCCGUGAUACCAAUACCGCUCCGUACCACUUCUGUUCUGAGGAAGGAAGAGAACAAGCGUCUGUGUCUGUAGCUUUUCAUGUCUUUGUCUUUGUGGAGACACUUUAGUGUGUGUGAUUUACUAAAAAGUACUGUAUUUCUUACAGAAGAUUUGCACGUUAACUCUAGUUUCAUGCUUUCAGCAUUGAUUCUUUUCCCCUCAGGGAAGCAGAACUCAUGUCUCUCUGGCUGCAUCCAGUGGCCGUUAUGGAUGCUGAAAGUUGCAGUUCAGAAGCAGGAGAGACACUGUUCAGCCAUCCCUUAUUUUAGUUGACAAUUAUUUUUAAUGUGUGUUUUGCACAGAAGCUACUGAAUUCACUGCUGUUGUUUCAUACCAUUUCACUCUAUGGGACAUAGGAGGCUCAGUGCCAGGAGGCUGCUGGGUCAUGAUAAGCAGUGCAACAUGUCUGCAGUUCAGUAGUAUUCCCCAUUUACAGGAGGGGGAAGUACUUGCAUUUUGCCCUUAUGGAAGCAGUAAAGAAGAAUAUGUUCUGUGGGCAGCACUAUGCCACACCAUUAUACCUUACUGCAGUUGUAGGGCUAAGUCUAAUUUAUGAUACUAAAAAUAAUAAGGCAUAUUGGGAAUAACAAGCAUGACCAACAUCUUUACUGCUACUGGGGAACCACUCAGGGCUUUGUACUAUAAUCAUCAAAUUUGUGGGUAAUAAACCCAAUAUUGCCGGUUGUAAGCAGCUAAUGAUGAUUUGCCUGGGAGCCAAGCACAUGGGGGGAUGGGAGGGUCUUUGGUUUAGUUGUCUUUAUGAGCCCAGCCAUGCUCAGCAAUGCACUGCAUGCCCCAUUGAGUUUCAGCGUAGAGAACUGCUGCCGUUCUGCGUAGCGGCCCCUAGGUAGGGCAAAGGCCAGACCCAGCUGCAUUACACCACUUACCUGGCCUUCCUUCAUCUCCUGCAUUUUAUAUUUGAGGUACUGAAAGAUUAUAUACAAUAUAUAUUUUAAUGAAACGGUUUUAUUCAUUUUAUUAUUCUGAGAAAACAUGAUCAGUAUGUCAGCAGGGACCACAUUGAUUUGUGUGCUAUCCUAUUAGGCAUCAGGAUUCUAGCAACUGAUUUAGAACCUGUGCAUGUCUUUCAGUAGGACUAAUGCCCAAUCAGCACCCCAUUCGCCCAACCCAUACAUUCCUUUUUUACCAAUGGAGCAUGUAACGCAUUGCUGAGCAGCCCCAAGCACAUAGCUGCACCCAGAGUGCAUUUCAGCGGGUCAUUGCUCCCAAGUGGCAGGUAUGAGUUGGAAGAGAAUAAUAUAUAGGAAACUAAUAUACUUACUGGGCAUUAGAAGUGGAAAAGGGAGAUUUGUGAGCAAUGACUUUACUAACCAAGCAAAAUGGUGGCAUAGCCAUACUGCUGAGCGAGUGUAUGGAGUCUGAUGGCUACAGACUACUGCCUUGUAAAUAAUAAUGUAUGCACAGCAGAUCCGUAUUGUGUUCCUUCUUCCCUGUGUCACGCAUUGCCCUGAGCUUCCAACGUCUAAUAAACAUCCAUCCAACAAAA